AUGUUCCAAUGCCGGAUGUGUUCGGAAAAUCCAUUCAGUGCCAUGAUGGGUGAUCCUCCCCGCAAGAGUGAGGAGAAGAAAAAGAAGAAGGGAACCGGAGAAGGGAAGAGGAAGUCGGUGUCCAAACGGGAUAUGAGCGCCUUCAACGCCCGGUCCGAAGCCGAAGUGAGGGAGGCGGUGGAGCGCUGGAAAGAGUAUGCCCACCCUCGUGCCAAAGAGUUCUUCGCCACGCCAGAGCAACUCGAGGAAGUUCUCAUUCAGCUGGCGAAGGGCACUGACAAGACCGAUGAUCCCAUCCUGGGACCAGACGAGAAGUGUGUGUACUGGUAUGGCGACGUCACGAAGGAUGACCUUCAGGCGGCAAUCCGCAUGAUCAAGCCAGGCGAGCAAGCUGAAUCUGUGACAUACGUGAAUCGUGUCCUCGCAUUCAUCUUUGCCACGGACGAUUCGUUCGAGAAGCUCAUGCAGCUUCCCAAGGAGCCCUUUAAGAUGAGCUGCGGAGACCAGCUUUGUGUGCACCUUGCACACAUCUCGCUGGCGGUGUCUUAA